AAUUUGAUGACGUACUUCACACUACACACGGAAGCACAAGGUGGAAGUGUUAGUCAGGCUUCUUAAACUUUACUUAUCGAUAAAACUGUUCGUAGAAACUAUUAAAAGCCACGUUCAAUUCCAAGUAGAAGUCCAGUAAGGUAGGAUACCUUGUAAGGGAAAUAUGGAUCUCCAGAAAAUGAAGGUAGAGGACAAAGUGGAGCUUUGCAAAAAAUACUUCUAUGGUGGUUUUGCACUCCUUCCUUUCUUGUGGGUGGUCAAUUUUGUGUGGUUUUUCAAAGAGGCCUUUAUCAAACAACACUAUGAACAGCAGCAACAGAUUAGAUCAUACGUAAUAAAGUCAUUAAUAGGAGCAAUAAUAUGGACAGCUAUCUUCAUUACCUGGGUGACAUUGUUUCAGCUAUACAGAGCUAGCUGGGGAGCCACAGCUGACUACAUAUCAUUUAUAAUACCAAGAGGAAUAGCCUAAAUAUCACAAUAAGAUGACUCCAUUCAUAAUAUAUUGGGUACUUAAAUACAACUUUUUGAGAAGUUUCUAUACUUCUACUGAGGUGGAUCACACCCACAAGUCGGUACCUGAUAACAGCUUUGUGCUGCUGCAAACAAAGGAACAAUGACUCCAUCUUGGGUCACAAAACAGAGCUGGUUCUGUUUACUUAACUUCAAAGUUGUCCCAUGUACAAUUGGCCCAAAGUCCCCUCUGCUGGUGCGGAGGACAAAUCAUAUGCUGUGAAAUAAUGAGAACAUCAUCUAUAGUAUCUAAGCUUUGUGUUCACACUACAGUAUUGGAAUGUUGGAAAAGAUUAAGGGAUCCAUACACUGUAUAUGUGGUACGGCAUAAAAAAAUUACCAUAGGGGUUAAAGGUUGAAUGUGUUUCAGUUCAGUGUAUCAGUUAACCCCUUCACCGUACAUGACCUACAUGUAGAGUGUUCAAGUUUCUGACACUGAAUUUUGAACCUUCUUCAAAACAUUGAUUUAGAACAUAUUAUAGAAUAUUUAUACAUGAAUAUGUGUGUGUGCGUGUAUGUAAUUUUGUCAGUGAAUUUUCAAUAAACAUUAAUGAUCUUUAGAGAAAAAUGGCAGUUUUCUGAUGAAAUAAUUAAUGUCAUCUUCUUUUCUGAUGAAAUUAUCAAUGUCACCUGUACUCUGUGUUGAAGAUGAAAAUGAUAAUUCCACAUUUUAAAGACCACCCAUAGAUAAUGUUACAGUCAUGUUCUUGAAUACCUUGAAUAUCUCACAACAAACACAAUGUGGGACUAAAUAAACAUUUACUAUAUUACUGUUUUAUAUGUUUGUAUAAAUUAUCAUGGAGUUAUAUUUGGUAUACACCACCACAGAAUCGGAAUCUGAGUAAAUUUCUUCAACAAAUAAAAUAACAGAUAUA